AGAAUGAUUUAAAACAGAUUUUCAAGAAAAUAAAAUCAGAAAUAUUUUCCCAAGAAAAACCAAUCACCAAAAAAAAAAAAAAAUAUAGAAUGCAUUUUUUUACAUAUAAUGAUCAUGAUAAUAAUAGAAAUAACCCUCUAGUUUAUAAGGAAACAAGAUUCUCUCAUGGAUAUGAUUUACCAUGGAUUAAGGCUUAUUCAGAUAAGAAUUUUCUAAUUGCAAGCAAAGAUGAGUUAAUGUCACAAUGGAAUAGUGAAACAUUAUCAUAUGAGAAGAAUUAUAAUUUAUUAUUUGUUGGCAAUU